GCUGGGCGCUGUUCUCGUCCGAGCACCCUCCUCAGCGAUGAGCGUUUCUAAAGCGACAGCGGGUGCGCUGUGCCUUUCCACGUUCACCUUACUGAUCUCGCUCUAUGCCAUCUACAACAUCUACACGGAUGUGCGAGGCAUCUGGAUGCAGCUUGACGAGCAAAUGGUCGAAUUCAAAAUUCAAACCGAUGACAUCUGGACGCAAAUGCUUGGACUUGGUGCAGCUACACCAUCCACUCGUCAACGGCGUCAAGGCAAAGAACAGUACGGUGCUUAUGAAGCACAAGGAGUAAACGCUGGACCAGUUUGCGCUUGCUUCACAAAUCAAGCAGCAGCCUCUAGACGUUACGGUGCCGGUGGCAGAGGAGGAAGCGGUGGUACUGGAGGAACUGGAGGUACUGGAGGUACCGGAGGUACUGGAGGUACUGGAACUGGUGGCACUGGAGGCCCAGGCGGUGGUCCCGGUGGUUCUGGUGGUACUGGUUGUGCAAACGGAGGAAGUGGUGAAAACGGUGAAGACUGCGAAAACGGUGGAAGCGCAUCUGGACCUCCAUUCACCGAACGUACAAGCGGCGGUUGGGGAGGCACCGGAGGCAACGGAGGUAGCGGAAGCAGCGGAGGUAGCGGAAGCAGCGGAGGUAGCGGAGGUAGCGGAGGUAGCGGAGGCACCAGAUACAACGAAGACUAUUACCUCGACGAAUUUGACACUGGUGGUUGCCCACGUGGGCCAGCAGGACCAGAAGGUGCACCAGGUCCCGACGGUGUUCCAGGACACGACGGCAUAGAUGGUUACGAUGGCGAAGACGCCGAGGACUGGCAGAACACGGGAUUCGUUGGGUGCAUCAUCUGUCCUACGGGCAAGCAAGGCGCGCCGGGGGAACGCGGCAAACCGGGCAUCCGCGGUAUGCGCGGCCCGAGAGGUACGCCGGGAAUGCCCGGCAACGACGGUUACCCGGGAAGUCCGGGCGAAAUGGGACCGCCAGGCCCGCCAGGCCCCGAUGGCAAGCCCGGAGCCAAUGGAGAAAAGGGACAAGAUGCCGAGCAAAUUAUCUCCCGCAAAGGACCACGUGGACCAUCAGGAGAAAGCGGAGAACCCGGUCCUGCAGGCGAGCCUGGAAAGGAGGGUGGUGUCGGCCAACCUGGCCCGCCAGGCCCGAAUGGCACGCCCGGAUUUCAAGGGCCGGGUGGGCGUCCGGGCGAGGAAGGAGCGCAAGGACAAGGAGGAAACGUGGGAGCCGACGCUGCAUACUGCCCCUGCCCCGCGAGAGACGCGAGGAAGCACCACCAAGGGGUCGCAGCGCCAGCUGCUCAUGGAUCGUCAGCACCCGCGCCCCAGUAUUCUGCAGGGAGCGGAGUCUAUACCGGAGGGGUUGGACAUGCCAUUUCCAGCUAUGGACGAUGAUGAUGGGCAUGAUCCAUUUCCUGGUUGCAUUAGUUGCGCCAUCAUUUAAUCGCAGAUUAUCCACUCAAAAAGCAAUGUGAUUUUGUUCGUGUGUCGUGAUCGUGAUCAAUAAAUAUGCAGC